UUUUCCGUCGCGGCUGUUCCUGCUGUAGGUUGAAGAUAAUUCACCUGCAGAUGGUUCUCAUCAGCUGAUGCCGAGCAGACACACCGGAAGUGCGUUCCCUCCGGUUCGGACGCCUUUUGGGUUGGCGCUGCUUCCACAGCGGACAACAGGCGAGGGCUGCGUGGCUCCCAGCAGGUGCAGGAUGCCCAGCGCCGGCCCGGGUCCGGGUCCGGGUCCGGCAGCACAUGCUGAUGCUGCGUCUGCAGCUGGGAGGUUGGAGCUGGAGCUGUCGGAGCCUCCGUUUCCAUUUGCCUCGUCUCCUCUGGAGGAGGAAACGCAACAAAUGAGCGGAGAUGGAGACGAGCAGGAAAGUGGACGGUUGGAGAGGAGGUGGACCCUGUGGCAUGAGUUCAUGAAGGAACACGCCCACCUGGACGCUUGGCUUCGGUUGGCUGAGCAGGCCGUCACGUCUCAUAACUCCGCCCCCGUCACCUACGUGGCCGCUAAGGAAGCUCUGAGGACGUUUGAGAGGUUUGACGCUGGGUCCCGGCUCGUCCAGCUGGACGGUCUGACCCGCAGGAACCGGACCCUGGCCCAGCUUUUCCACGGCGCCAUGCGAGCGCGACUGCUGGGAGCGGCGAGAGAGUGCGGGAGGCGAUGGGACGACGUGAACGCAAAGCUGGACUCCAUCGUCAGGAGGCUGAUGGUCUUUGUGUCGGAGUGGGAGGAGUUUGAGGCAGAGGGGGAGGAGCUUUCAGUGUGGUUGGCUGAGCUGGACGUCCGUCUGAGUGAGGUGGACCAGCGGAGUGGAAGCGCCUGUGAGAAGCUGAGGCGACUGCAGGCUCUCCAGGACUGUGUGUGUGUGAACUCGAGCCGCAUCAACGCUCUUCUGCAGCGCGGCGAGGCGCUGAUCCAAAGCAGCCAAGCCUCAGAUGCUCGGCACCUGGAGAGUCGCCUGCUGGAGCUGCUGCGGCGCUGCAGCCACAUUUACAACAGCAUAGCACGAACACACACACGACUGCUCAGCAUGAGACUGGUGUUCGAGGACCACUGGCUCCUGUCUCAGGACUCUGGUUGUCCUUCUGAGACUCUGUUAGAGGAGCCACUUCCUGAUGGCUGCGGCCGGGAUCCUCCUCUAACAGUGAAGACGGGCUGGUUCAACGGCUAUGGACCGGUUCCGUCCCUCAGUCCACCAUCCUCCACCCAUGACCCCCAGGGCUUGGAGUGGGACCCCUCUGUGGAUGUGGGCUGUUCUGUGUCCUGUGACGACGCCGACUCAUCGUAUUUCAGCGCUGGGACAGGUGUGUGUCACAGGGACCGCCUGAAGAGGCGCCGCUACCUCAGCUCCCUCGGCUCAGAGUCCGACAUUAGCACAGACCUGGGUCCUGAGGGGCGUUCGGACCUCGUUCAUCCUGGUGUCUUCUCUCCUGCAGCGAGACAUGGUGGAGACCCGCCUCCCGGGGACCCGUGGAGGACCCGAGUCAGGGCCUGGCUGAGCGUCCACAGCCCGGCUUCCUGUUCCAAGGCGGUGCAGACUGAAGGCGAGGUGCAGGCUGAAGAAGAGUCGUCGUUCUGUGAAGAAUCGAAGCCUCUGCUCCUCGAGCGAAGAGCCGCCGCCUUCCUCCUCUUCCUGUGUGGGGCAGCAGCUGUGCUGGUGCUGGCCUCUCUGGCCUGGGUGGAUCUGGAGCCGCCGUGUCACCGUAGCAACAGGAUGCAUCGGAGCGUCCACCUGGUCCUGAGGUACAUCAACGGGCCGCCGCCCACCUGACGCUCCCAGUCUGACCUUUCUGCAAAUCUGAGGUUUGACGGAAGAAAUCCGCAGCAUUUUCCCCUCGUUCUCUGUUUACACCACUUCACAUGAGCUCAAGGUUUGUCUGGAUUUAGGACGGUUGUUUCCUUAAAUCUCAACUCGUGGUCAUUGUCAUGAGGAUGUAGCAGAAACUUCACCGACUGAAUAAAAAGCUUUAAUUAAAUUAAAAAGAAUAAAGUACCUUGAAUUGGAGGAAAAUCCAACGGCAGCUUUUAAACUCUCUGUAAAUCUUUCUGACUUGACUAAAACUCCAAAGUGUCCAUCGCCGCCCAGAGGCGAUGUGCAGGUAACCAUGGUAACCAACGCGUGGCCUCGUCUUUCUGCAGCGUGAAAUAAUCCAUCACAGAUGAUUAAAUGGAUGUGCAGCCUCGAGCUGGAGUUCAUGUGAUUGUCCCCGAAGCAGCUAGAACCUGACUCGUUUCUUUCUCGUUCAGUCAGUAACUGGGUUCCGGUUUCGGUUCCUCACAGACGGAACCAAACCAUGAACAUGUUUGUGUUGCUACGAACCUGGAAGACAAAAUCAUAUCACUGCUUUUAAGUUAAUGUAAUGUGUCAAACAACUUUUGGCUGUUUUGUAAUAAUGUUGCUGUUUUUUACCUGAGUUUGAAGAAGACAAAUAAAAUGUUUUGAACGCA